GGGAGGCAGAGCGAGCAAGUGAGCUGGGGAAGAGAAAACUGACAGUGGGGGGAAAAUGCAGGAAAGACACUGAAGCUGAGCUGGUGGAGGACAAAACGAGAAUACAGCCAAGGCUAGAAAGAGUCAUUAGGAAGCAACAGUGAGGAAGCAGAGAGGAAGUGUGGAAACUGACUGAUUUGUCCAAAUGUGUUUGUGAUGUGCAAUUGGCGGUGCUUAAAUCACAGCGUGGAGUGUGUUUGCGUGAGCGGGUCUGAUUGUGCUACCAGCACUGCCUGGAAAACGUGCUUGGUGGAUUAUGAGAGAUCAAGACGAGGACGAUUGUGUGUGUGUCUUAGAGAGUGUGUGUUUAUUGGUGAACAAAAGGGCUAGGUGCAGCUUGUCCGUGAGUGUGCGUGUAUAGAUGAGAAAACCGUGCAGCUGGAGAGUUGCUUGAGGAAAGGGAAAAGAUAGUGCAGAUAGCUGAAGCACUUGAGGAUGCCAGGGCAUUCAGGGACAAGCACAGCUCUCCGAUAACUGCCGUCUGAGUACUUCAGACCCAACGAGGGAAAGCAAACCAAUAAACAGAGACUGUUGAAGGCAAAUAAGGCGAAACCAUGGGCGCACGUGUCUUCUUGAGCCAUCAUCGGAAGUAUUUGUAGGACAAAAGCAUUUCUGUUGCUGCUGACUACCUCAAAGGGUAAAGACACGAAGACUGUAGUUUCUUCGGAGGUCUACGUGAAGGAUCGGUGGGGGUCCAUUAUAGUGUCCAGUGAUCCCUUGAUGUCUUCAGCACCCAGCCAUGGGAGAGUGGACCAUUUUAGAGCGCCUCCUGGAGGCCGCUGUGCAGCAGCACUCUACAAUGAUUGGAAGGAUUCUGCUGACGGUUGUGGUGAUAUUCCGUAUCCUGAUUGUGGCCAUCGUAGGUGAAACGGUCUAUGAGGAUGAGCAGACCAUGUUUAUCUGCAACACUCUCCAACCUGGGUGCAACCAGGCCUGCUAUGACAAGGCCUUCCCCAUCUCCCACAUCCGAUACUGGGUCUUCCAGAUCAUCCUUGUUUGCACGCCCAGCCUGUGCUUCAUCACCUAUUCAGUGCAUCAGUCGGCCAAACAACGUGACCGUCGCUACUCCUUCCUCUACCCAAUGGUGGAGAGGGACUACAGUCGUGAGGGUACCCGCAAACUACGCAACAUUAAUGGCAUUUUGGUGCAGCACUCUGACAGUGGUGGUGGAAAAGAUGAACCUGAUUGCUUAGAAGUAAAGGAGAUCCCAAAUGCUCCAAGAGGCCUCCUGCAUAGCAAGAGCUCCAAGGUACGACGACAAGAGGGCAUCUCUCGCUUUUACAUAAUCCAAGUCGUGUUCCGCAACGCACUGGAGAUAGGCUUCUUGGCGGGACAGUAUUUUCUAUAUGGCUUUAGUGUCCCCGGCAUCUUUGAGUGUGACCGCUACCCCUGCCUGAAGGAGGUGGAGUGCUACGUAUCACGGCCCACUGAGAAGACGGUCUUCCUAGUGUUCAUGUUCGCAGUGAGUGGGAUCUGCGUCGUGCUCAACCUUGCCGAGCUCAACCACCUCGGCUGGAGGAAAAUCAAGGCUGCCAUUCGAGGUGUGCAAGCCCGCAGGAAGUCCAUCUGUGAGAUCCGCAAAAAGGACAUGGCCCACCUGUCACAACCGCCAAACCUGGGCAGGACCCAGUCCAGCGAGUCUGCUUAUGUCUGAUCUCCAUUCACCUAAAUAUGGCGUCACAAGCAGUGGAGCAGAGUGGAAUGCGGUUAUGGUACUUGUGCAAAUGUUUAUAAUGGGAAAGGGGAGGGGCUCCACAUAGCCACACCCCUUUCCCACAAGCCACUCCCUCCCUCUUUAUGCCAUAUGACAAUGUUUGAGGAAGUUUGCACAAUGUUAGGCUUCUGGAACAGCAUGUGAAGACAGGGCAUAAAAGGCAAUUUUUGAGUUUUGAACACAAGGAUCAAUGGAAGGGUGAAGAGCGUAAGGUACGAUACAGGAAGGGGAUGGGAGGUCUAACACAGAAUGUAAUGGAAAUGAAAGAAUCUGUGUCUGUUUUCCCACUUUUCUCACUUUCGCAUCUUGAGGAAAGAGGAAAAAGAAGGAUAGUUAGCAGGAGAGCGUAGCAUGACAAUAACCUCCUACUUUCCUCAACCGUUGUCGCUGAGAUGGUGCCAGAAGAAGAAUACUGUUUAGGUUUGCUCUCCUGGCAGUGCAUCGGCCUAAAACAAACAAAGGGCGGGAUAUAAACAUUGUUACAGCAGUGGCACCUUCACUUUGACAUUUGAUUGAACAAACAUUAGCAUCUUCUUUUGUAAUCUCUCUCUGGUUGUCGUAAAAGACUAGGAGAGGAUUAUUACCUCCACGCAAAGUGUGCCCUUCCAUAAAGACACCCACUGUUACGUGUUCCAAUCAACUAUUCAUCCUUCUUGUGGUGCAUGAAUGUGUGUUUAUAUGUAUGUAUGUGACCAAAUUUGAAAGAGUUUAGAAAUCGCAGAUUCCUUUUUGUUCAUUUUAAGAUUAUACUUUUUCUGCAAAGGUUGGUGCCAUCAACUUAAAUGACUGUUUAUUUCAGAAUAUUAUUUAAAACAUAUUUAAAAGUUUAUUGCAAAGGUAGAUUAUUUAUCUUUAUUGGGAAAGAGAGCCAACCCUGCUGAAAAGAAUUUCCAUGCUGGGCCAAGGCUGGUUUAUGCUGGUUAUUGCUGGUUUAACCGGUGGAGAAGCAUAGCCAUGCUGUGCACCAGCAAAAAAAAAAUAAAUAAAUUUUAAAAAGCCUAGCUAAACAGCAUGGUCUCUCUGGUGAACAUGAUUAACAAAGGAAGUCUUGUGUGUUAUUAUAAAUGCUUGAUAGGGACACCCGUAAAAAGAACUGAAGAAAGGUUUUCAUGUAUCCAAAUGUUUUUAACAGAUGAAUUUAUUAUCAAAAAUUUGCAUAAAGGUAUCUUUCAAAGGCAUGUUUACAAAGCUUUAUCUGUCAAAUGACUUUUGAAAUGAAAAAUCGAUGUUCUGUGUGUGUUAUUAGGAAAAAGGAUCAAUUUAUAGUGUUUUUAUUAGCUUUUUUCUUCUCGUCACGUGUUUAAUCGGCAUGCCUUUACUAUUAAGAAAAGAAGAAGCUUAGAAAAAAUAUAUGUAUGCAUUGCACUUUGUGGGGAUGGGAAGAGUGGAUAAAAGGAGAAACUCACUCUGGGAAGGACAUUAGUGUCCAUCCGAAAUAAGAUCGAUGACAAGUGCGUAGGUAUGUGCGUGUAUGUAGCUGUGAUCCACUGUGUGCCUUUGUUUACACAGUGUGGGUUAAAGCAGAGUGUAACAUCUCUAACGAACACACACAAAAAACAUUUCAGUUGUCAUUCAGCCAAUUUUAGCACUAGGCCCACUAAAGAACGUACUUGUGCCUACACCGUCCUGACUCCACUCAGCACGUGCACAUAAAACAACCCCGUGUAGACAGAACACAGUGCAACUAACACGGACCAGCUCGCUGACAUACCGCAGACACAGAAAACACUGUCAGACAAGAUACAGAGAGAAGGAGAGGAAACUGCAGAGGCCCUUUAAUAGUAACACAAUUGUCCUGACUUUGGCAGUUCUUGCAGAAAAAAAGUCUUUCACAGGAAAGUGUGUGUUUAUGUUUAGCUUGACAUGAAGUGCAGUUUAGCCACAGUUCUGAUUCAGGCCAGAAGUCUGUGUGAGGAUGGAUAUUGUUGUUUACAUCUAAAUUGAAUGAGAGGUAUAAAAUCGGCCACAUUUAUGAGGCGUCCAAAGCAUGUCACAUUUGUUUUACUGCAAAUGUAAACAGCUCGUAAAUGAUCCGUAAAAACUUAGAAGCAAUUGUGGACUUUUCUGUACUUCAUCCAAGAUGAGAACAUGAUUGCAUUUAGACCCAGGGUACAAAAUUAACACUCAUCAAGCGGUAAAUGUGAUUGGCAAGUACAUAAACGAAGCUACUUGCCAGUUUAUUAGGAACUGCAACAGUACUGCAAUAAUAUGACCCUCAACAAAGUGAUGCAAUUCAAAGACAUACAAACAACUACUGCUGUUAUUUUUCAUUUAAAUGCAAAUACAAUUCCAUGGACAUUAAUAAAUAUUUAGGGCUGGUACACGCUGUAAAUUCACCUGGCAUUUGCCAGCAAUUUAUUAAACAGUAUUUUUGUAGCAUAGAACUAAAUCUAUCACAAAUUUAAUGAGGUUUGCGUAAAACAACACAAAAUGCCAACAAAAACAAAAAUAUAUUGGUUCUCUUAACCAAAUUUGGUUCUCAGGUAAAUUAAUCUUAAAAUUCAAAUUUUAAAAGAGUCAACUAAACCUAAAAUUCAGUUUUAAAGAGGUUUUAGAUAUUUUUUACUGGAAAACAAGACUCGCUUUUCAUUUAAUCAGAACAUAUAAAUAGUAAUGGCUGAAAGUAAGGCUCAACAAUCUUUCUUAACACAAAAGUUUGAUUGUAUCUUCUGCAGAUCUAAUAGUCGGGACCAUUAAAUGAUAUGGGACUAUAGCCAUUAUUGUGUGGGGUAGAAAUGAAAUGCACCCUACACUUGGGACCAAGCAUAUCUGUUUCUUUCUCCUGUGUUAGAGAAUUCCAGUUCUUUUAUUCUGACCUACAAAAAUAGUAACUCUGCCAAAAUCAUAACCUCUGUAACUAUGCAGCAUUAAAGGGCAUCUUUCCAAGCAUGUUAUUUUCAAGUGCAGUUCAGAGAUUAUGAAGAUUGCUUCCCCAAGUGAGAACUUCUUCAUGUGCUCAAUCCACUCUUCUCCUCAGUCUAUUUUUAUAAAACCUAUAUCAGAGUUUGAAUACUAGACAAAAAAGGACAAUGUCAGAUUUUGUUUCUUCUUUUUAUUUAUUCCAGCUUGUGUUUAUAUGUGUUACUCUUUUUUUAAAGUGCUGUAAUAUGAGGGACACAGCAGGGGGUAUUUAAAGAGCAGAAUUAGGAUUUGAAGUAAAAUGUGGCUUUACUUGCCAAAGUUUUGUUAUAUGCAACUUGGGUUUUGGUGAAUGGGUUGUUCAAUUACUGUAAAGCAUGUGUAACUGAUAUGGAAAGCAUGUUUUUGUUCUUUUAUUUCGCUCUUUUUUAUGAAACAGAAAAGCAGGGACAAGUAAAUGGCAUGGUUAGAUUAGAAAACUGGGUAAAAUGGUAAAUAUUUCAGGCAUUAAUGGGCCAAAACUAAAUUUUAAGACUAUAGCAGGUAUUUUAAACUACGCAGACGGCAAUCUUGUUACAAACAUAUGCAACACUUGAUUUUCAGCACAAACUUUUGACACGAGGGUCAAAAAGUAUUUUUAUGAUUCCACGCAUCCUGUAGUCACUGCCAGACAAUUUUGUAGAAAAUAACUGUUUCACAAAAAGUGUGAAAUAUAAUCGAUGUGUAAGUAAGCAACCUGCGUGUUUAAUUGACAGUAUGACGUUAAUCUACUGCCACUGAUCGUCAUCUUAAAUGUGAGAUGAAGACAUUAAAUGCUGAUAUUUCAAAAAGUCAUAAUGGUAAUUAAACACCCAGAAAAGAAUAAAAGAUGUCUCAGGCAACAGAUUUUUAAAAAUGGUAACAGAUGUUCUUUCUACAAUUAUUAUUCAAUGUACAGUGUCUUUGCAAAAGCCAGUUGAAAGUUUGCCCAUGUUUUAUAGAGUUGAAAAACAAAAAACUACUGAUAAAUUGUAAAUUAUUUGAUAACCGAACCUUUUACAAACAUGUUUUCGGGAUGUAUAAUCAGAAUAAAACAUCAGUCUAAAGAGUCUCUCCUGGCAGUGCUCAAAAGAUUUUUACAGCAAUCAUGCUACACAGAUUUACAUAUGAAUACAACAGAGUCAAGUUCAUUCCCCGUUAGCUCAGGAAAAACAAUCGUUCUAAUCUCACGUUAAUCCUUUUUGAAUGAUCAUCACAUGUCCCAGAAUGCUCUCUGAGCGUCUGCCAGAAAUCACGGCACCCACAGUCACCAACGCCCGUGUCCCAACCGCACUUUUCCAUUGCCAGCUCAGGUUUUCCUCUAGAGCUCUGGCUCAUGAUCAGUCCCUUAUUUCAGCAAGGACAGUUAAAUGAGAUGAUGCCGUUUUAGUCUGUUGUCCUUUGCUUAAUAACCACUGUUGUAGUUCCAAACUGCUCAAAAGAAGUUUUUAAAAUCACAAAUAGGCUUCGCUUUCCCUUUCCCUUUCCCUUUAUAAAACGGCAUUAUAAAACUGGGGUCUGGGGUGGAACUUUAACCAAUUACAACUCCACGUGUGCUGCCAGGGGUGUUUGACACCCGCCGCACAAGCCGUACUAAUCUCUCAGGAAUAAGAAGAGUCGCCGCUCCUAAUCACUCCCAGCUGCUUACACGGCCGUAUAAACAUUGGAUUAGCGCUUGGCAAAGGCAAAAGGGCAGACGAGUCAUUCAUCCCUCGUACCUGCACCAUCACAGGACAAAUCGCAUCAACAAACGCCACUAUAACUCAGGAUCUGUGCAAUCCUAAAAACCAACGUUUAUACACAGAGAAAGUAGCAUGAGAAAUCAGAACCCGUUCUGCUAACCAGGGAAACAUUAUUACAGGAGAACUGCAGGAAUGUUACCGUUUAUCACAAUUAGCCAUAUGAAACAUAGUAAAGUGAAGCAACAGUUCUUCGGUCAUUACGAGAUUCUGAAAAGCACAUUUAGCAGGUAGACUUACAUUAUUAUUACGAUCACACCCUAUGCCAUAUGGGAAAGGGUAACGGCGCUACCUGUGGCUGAAUGUUGCAGCCACGUCCUUCAGAGAUUAAACAUAUUAACAAGGGCAAUGUGCAACCCUUUAAUCCACCAUGAAAUCAACUGUCUGAUCACUUUAUCUAAUUAAAAUGGGUUAGAUUGUGUGCACGGAAUAGGAUUUGUUCAAUUAUCUUCUUUUAAAUCAGAUUUUCUUUUUACAUUUGAUUUUGUAUUUUGUCUUACUUUGUGUGUGGAAAUGAUAGGCGAAGGUCAAUGCACAAUUUUGUUCAACUCAAUGUGCAAAAUGUGAUGUUCCUGAAAUGUCAAACAGGUGCUGCUAAAAUGCUUAAGUAAUAGCUAUACAGAUUUUACUGACAGCUGUACAUCAAUUGUCAAAUCCACAAAUGCCACCGUAUCUCUUAGCCCUGUUUUGAUCUCUUUCAUAGUUUUUGCAAAAUUGAAUCCAAAUGAACGAUUCUUACUUGUUUCUAUAAUUUCUGUAAGGAAAUCUGUUGUUUGCGACACAGAUUUCUUUUUUUGUAACUGACCUUAUUUGAAGGUUUUGUUUCUAUAUGUUUCUGACUUGUGGAUUGUGAACAAUUACUUAAUUAAACACCUUGAAUGAA